UUUCUUUCUCGUCAAAUUCCAAAUUUCCAACUAGUCGCAUCUGCUCUUCAUCUCCUUCGUCCUUCCUCCUCUUAGAACCCUAACUAGUCUUCUUCAACAAAACAAGCAUCUUGUAUUGUAAUUGUAUCACCACUCUACUCAGCGGCGCCUCUGCGAACCACCUCUCCCUCUCCGCCGCUGUUAUUGUCGGCCCGUGAAGGAAUGUAAUUUAUGAGAACUCCAUUUGCAAAUAUAAUUGCUGUAACCUAGUGACUAAUCUUUUUUCAUAUGUUGAGCUGCACGGUAGAUGUGGGAGAAUUAGGAGUUUGAUUCCUAAAUGGAAUCUAACUUCACCAUGGCUAGCUCAGACUUAGAGCCUCGUGAGGACAUGGAGUUUGAGUCACAUGAGGCAGCAUAUGAAUUUUAUAAAGAAUAUGCCAAGUCUGUGGGAUUUGGAACUGCUAAGUUGAGCAGUCGCCGCUCUAGAGCUUCAAAGGAAUUUAUCGAUGCAAAAUUUUCAUGCAUAAGGUAUGGGAAUAAGCAGCAAUCUGAUGAUGCUAUAAAUCCACGUCCUUCCCCCAAGAUAGGUUGCAAGGCUAGCUUGCAUGUGAAAAGAAAACAAGAUGGAAAGUGGUAUAUGUAUAAUUUUGUCAAGGAGCAUAACCAUGAACUUUUACCUGCACAAGCCCAUUUCUUCCGGAGUCAUAGGGAUCUGGAUCCACUCAAGAGUGAUGUCCGAAUGCGCAAACGCAAACUUUUGGCUUCUGUAUCCAAACAAUUCAGCGCAUAUCAGAAUGUUGGGUGUUUGGACAUUCUAAAAAGAAGCCAGCAUGCCAAAGGACGGAGUUUGUCCUUAGAAGCAGGAGAUGCACAGAUGCUGCUUGAUCUUUUCAUGCAAAUGCAGGAAGAGGAUCCAAAAUUCUUCUAUGCUGUAGAUAUGAAUGAAGAGCAUCGAUUGAGAAAUGUGUUUUGGGUUGAUACAAAAGGCUUAACUGAUUAUAGUUACUUUAGUGAUGUAGUAUCUUUUGACACCACAUAUGUUAGGAACAAUUAUAAGAUUCCAUUGGUUUUGUUUGUUGGAUCUAACCAUCAUAUUCAACCAUUAUUACUGGGUUGUGCACUGAUUGCAGAUGAAUCAGUCCAUACGUUUCUUUGGUUGAUACAGACAUGGCUCAUGGCAAUGGGUGGACAAUCCCCUCAAGUUGUACUUACUGAUGAGAAUGAUGCACUGAAAACAGCUAUCACUGAACUUCUCCCUGAUGCUCGCCAUUAUUUUUGCCUGUGGCAUAUGUUUGAAAAAAUCCCUAAGCAGUUGGAACAUAUAAAUAUUUGGCUUGAUGAUUUUGUGGAGAAGUUUACUAAAUGUAUCUAUAGAUCGUGGACAGAAGAGCAAUUUGAUAAGAGAUGGUCGAAGUUGCUUGAGAAGUUUGAACUUCGAGAUGAUGAGUGGUUAAGAUCAAUUUAUGAAAAUCGUAUCCAUUGGGUGCCACUGUUUAUGAGAGGCAUAUCAUUUGCUGGGUUGUCCACGAGAUCACGAUCUGAAUGUUUAAACUCUUUCUUUGAUAAGUAUGUCAAUGCAGAAUCUUCUUUGAGAGAAUUUUUAGAACAAUAUAAACUUUUAUUAUGUGAUAGGUAUGAAGAGGAGGCCAAGGCAGAGUUUGAUGCGUGGCAUGAGGCUCCUGAGUUGAAGUCUCCAUCUCCUUUUGAGAAGCAGAUGUCCUGCGUUUACACGCAUGAAAUAUUUAAGAAGUUUCAAGUAGAGGUCUUGGGAGCUGCUGCAUGCCAUCUAAAGAAGGAAAAGGAAGAUGAAACUGGCAUAACUUAUACUGUUAAAGAUUUUGAGAAUAAUCAAGAUUUUACUGUAGAAUGGAAUGAAUCAAGGUCUGAGAUCUGUUGUUUGUGCCGUUUGUUUGAACAGCAUGGUUACCUUUGCCGACAUGCUAUUGUUGUUCUUCAGAUGUCUGGUGUGUUUAGCAUACCUUCAAAAUACAUAUUGCAACGUUGGACAAGUGCUGCAUUAAGUAGGCAUUCCAUCAGUGGAAAGCUGGAUGAGGUGCAAGCUAAAGUUCGUAGAUACAAUGAUCUUUGUCAGCGAGCCUUAAUCUUGGCUGAAGAAGGCUCUCUGUCCAUUGAGAGUUAUAAUGUUGCAGUAUCUGCAAUAAGAGAUGCUUUUCAGCAGUGUGGUAAUGCAAAUAGCUCUUUUGAAAAAGAUUUGAGACACAAUUCUUGUUUAGUUUAUUCAACUAAUUUCCAUGAAGAUGAUACUCGAGGUACCCAUUCAAGAUUAUGUGACGGUGAGUCAGAUACAAGAAUGAAUGAGGCAAGUAGUGCUCCCGAGUUUGGAAGUGGCGACAUCAAUGUGAACUCCAGAGGAAGGGUUCCACUGGACCGAGGUAUCCCAGCAGUUGGUUCUGAACAAGGUUUUACCCAAAUGGAAACUCCAAAUACAAGGCCUGCACAUUUACAUAAUAUGUUUCCGUUACCCUUCAAUAAUGGAAUGCCGAGUAUGUAUCGAGGGAUAGCACCAGGGCAGUUUCAUCAUGCAACAUGGCAAGAAAAACACCUCUAACAGUAGAUGUUUUUACGGGCAGAGCUCUUCGUAGAGCAGUAUCACUUUGACACCUGAUGAAUGGAAAACAACACUGAUUUCUGACUGAUUUGGCUCCCAUCUUCAUCUCAGAGUUCUGACCAAUAGUUUAGCCCUCAGAUAAUUUCAGGUACUACUAAUUCAAGUAACAUGUCUGUACUCUGUAAAUCAAACUUUUUCCUCCGUAAGGCUAUUCAUGUAUAGUGACUCUUGUGCAACAUCGUUUAUUUAGGAAAUAGGCAGGAUGAAGUAGGUCAAAAUGUCAAAUGUAAUCUAAAGAUGUAUAUAUGGAUAGUGUAUAAAUGAUUCUUCAAUCCAAUUUUUUCUGCGAUGUUCCAUUUC